CGCCGUCACGCCUCACCAAAAGAGGACAUAGGAUACUGUCUUGGUGGGCUGUGUCGUGCCAAUUGACUGUAGUGUCCUUUGAGAUGUGGUCCCGAGUCUCCAGGCCCAUUGAAAGAAGCCAACUGUAAGCCGCAGACGCACAACAACAAGGCCAUUUCCUCAAUCAAGAAUCACCCUUAAACGGAAUGACCAUGGUUGACACCGAGAUGCCGUUCUGGCCCACCAACUUUGGGAUCAGUUCCGUGGAUCUCUCGGUAAUGGAUGAUCACUCUCACUCCUUUGACAUCAAGCCAUUCACCACUGUGGAUUUCUCCAGCAUCUCUGCUCCGCACUAUGAAGACAUCCCCUUUGCCAGAGCCGACCCGAUGGUGGCUGACUAUAAGUAUGACCUGAAGCUCCAAGACUACCAAAGUAGGAUAUUUAGUUCCCCUUUCCAGAUGACUAAAACUGGAAUUACACAACCUCUUGGUGCAAUCAAAGUGGAGCCUGCCUCCCCGCCUUAUUAUUCCGAAAAGACCCAGCUCUACAACAAGACCCAUGAAGAGCCCUCCAGCUCGCUCAUGGCGAUUGAAUGUCGUGUGUGUGGAGAUAAAGCAUCGGGCUUCCACUACGGAGUUCAUGCUUGUGAAGGGUGCAAGGGCUUCUUCCGAAGGACAAUCCGAUUGAAGCUUAUUUAUGACAGAUGUGACCUUAACUGUCGGAUCCACAAGAAAAGUAGAAAUAAAUGCCAGUACUGUCGGUUUCAGAAAUGUCUUGCUGUGGGGAUGUCUCAUAAUGCCAUCAGGUUUGGGCGGAUGCCACAGGCCGAGAAGGAGAAACUGUUGGCGGAGAUCUCCAGCGACAUCGACCAGCUGAACCCAGAAUCUGCUGAUCUCCGGGCCCUGGCCAAGCACUUGUAUGACUCAUACAUAAAGUCCUUCCCGCUGACCAAAGCAAAGGCCAGGGCCAUCUUGACAGGAAAGACAACAGACAAAUCGCCAUUUGUUAUCUAUGACAUGAAUUCCUUAAUGAUGGGAGAAGAUAAAAUCAAGUUCAAACACAUCACCCCCCUGCAGGAGCAGAGCAAAGAGGUAGCCAUUCGCAUCUUUCAGGGGUGUCAGUUCCGCUCCGUGGAGGCUGUGCAGGAGAUCACAGAGUAUGCCAAAAGCAUCCCUGGUUUUGUGAACCUGGACUUGAAUGACCAAGUAACGCUCCUGAAGUAUGGCGUCCACGAGAUCAUUUACACCAUGCUGGCAUCCUUGAUGAAUAAAGAUGGGGUUCUAAUAUCAGAAGGCCAAGGGUUCAUGACCAGGGAGUUCCUGAAGAGUCUGCGGAAGCCCUUUGGUGACUUUAUGGAGCCCAAGUUUGAGUUUGCUGUGAAGUUCAAUGCACUGGAAUUAGAUGACAGCGACCUGGCAAUAUUUAUAGCUGUCAUUAUUCUCAGUGGAGACCGCCCCGGCUUGCUGAAUGUGAAGCCCAUCGAGGAUAUCCAGGACAACUUGCUGCAAGCCUUGGAGCUCCAGCUCAAGCUGAACCACCCCGAGGCCUCGCAGCUGUUUGCCAAGCUGCUCCAGAAGAUGACAGACCUCAGACAGAUCGUCACGGAGCACGUGCAGCUCCUGCAGGUCAUAAAGAAAACAGAGACAGACAUGAGUCUUCACCCGCUCCUCCAAGAGAUCUACAAGGACUUGUAUUAGCAAACAGGUCCUGAGUCACUGACCAAAUUGCACUAUUGUUUUGAGGGAAAAUCUGACACCUAAGAAAUUUACUGUGAAGAGCAUUUUUAAAAAGAAAAGGGUUUCGAAUAAUAGAUCUAUUUUAAGCAUAUUGUUUAUAAAGAUGCAUUUACAAUUUACUUUUUAAUAUUAAAAAUUACUGUAUUAUGAAAUUGUGGUAUUGGACGUCUGAGUCAGGUGUGUUCCCCACUCACCCCCCUGGGGCUUUUUCUUGAGGGGGGGUGAUUUUUUUCUUCUCAGUCUCUUCCCUCCCGUUCAUUCUUCCUUCCUUC